AUGCACAUCCAUCAGACCAUUCCCGUUACAAUUGUGGACCCCGUGAUCUCCGCCCCGUCGCCUGUCGUUAAACAUGUCGAGGACCGCACGUUGUGCGCGUACCGCAACAUGGGGUUUGCACUCACGCACUUUCACCCCGCUUUGUUGGGCGCGGACUGCCAUCCAAUUGUUGUUGAAAACAUGAAUCAGCUGCGCCUGUAUCACCGGCGAGACUAUACCUAUCAUUUAUUGCUGCGUCGAACGUACAACGUGAAGACGUUUCAGACUGCACUCGGCAUCAUGGCCGAUCCAAUUGAGCCGUUCACAAGUCCCGAUCAACUAGUGGACAGUCGACAGUUUGCCUACCGCCAUACCGGGGCGGAUCAGGACAUUAUCAAGAGCUUCUGUCGUCAAUUAGACUCCCCCUUUGCGCCCGCGGCGCAUCUUCGUUUUGAUGCAUUGGCAGUGGGUCCCUAUGCAUCGGCUUUUAUUACCUCCUGUGACACCUUGACGGAGGAGUUUCUCUUGAACUUUCUCCGUACGGCGCACUAUACACAUUUCCUCUACCAGCGCACUACGAACCCGCGUUACCUGGAGGCUUGGGGAAGAUUUUAUGGGUCGCCCAAAGCCCACCCGGCAAGGCCUGUGUUCCUGUAUGUGGGUGUUGGACCGCAGGAGUUCCCAGAGGACCCGAUGGGGGAGAGCACGCAGCGUUCACUGCAGUCUCUCGUGGCGCAUGCGACGACGCGUAUAGAGGCGCCGCCCGCUGAUCCUUCCCCGGCGUUGAUGCCUGCCUCUGCGAGGCAAAUUGCAAAAAAGUAUGGUGUUCGUCUGCUUCAGCGAUGGCAAAUGCGCUACUUUAUGGUGCGGCAUUGA